AUGCCUCUCGAGAACAACCAGAACCAAGGCGCAACUGGCGCCGCCAAAUUCGUCACUAGCUCGCUCGGCAACGCAGCCGGAGGCAUCACACGAACCGUCGGCAACGUGACUGGCGCUGCGGGCCGAGGCAUCGGGGACACCAUUACCGGAGCCACGGGCUCUGCCGGCAAGCCCGUUGGCGACGCCAUCAGCUCGCUCGGCUCUGGCAUCGAGGGAGGCGCCGGCAGCGUCGCCAAGGGUGUCGAGAAUGCUGGACAGUGGAAGAAAUAA